AUGCCUGUGCAAAGAAAAUGCAAGCCCUUGAUCCUAUCGAAGAGUCAAUACAAUGCUAUGUGGGCUCAUCUGAAGCAGGAUAAGGAGAAGGAACAACUAACGAAGUCAGAAGAGGCAUAUCGGGACUAUUUGAAACGAACUUCAGAGGCGAUGACUAAGAAAUGGGAGAAUUCGAUCGAAAAUACAAGGAUUCGGAAAAGCAAGGAACGCGAAAGAGCGAAAGAAACAGCGAUUGUUCAAGAUGAGGAAUACACGAAAAAGUUGGAAAAGAUGGACGAAACAAAGCGACAAGAAAUAAUUAAGAAGGCUGAAAAACUAAUUGAAAAGAAUAAAGUUGGUCCACGGACUCUAGAAAGUGCCGCUUUGCAUUGUGAAGUUAUGAAAGAAAGAGAAAUCCAAGUGAAAUUUCGUGCAGAACAAGAACGAAUCCGUCGCGAGCAAGAGUUACAGAAAAGUCGUGAGAUUCUUGAUCAAGCUAAGCAAUGGAUCAAAAAGUCUUCUGAGAGAGUAUUAGCCGAUCGACAAAGAAAUGACGAUUGGAAGCUUGAAGUUAAGAAAUUUGCUGACCAGGAAGCGGAAAUAAGGAAAGAAAAUCAAAGGAAAAAGAUUCAAGAGGAACAAGAUAUGAUAAAAGCUGCCAAAGAGCAAUACAGGCUUGAGGAAGAAGCAAAGAAAGAAUAUGAAAGACGUAAAAAAGAGGAAUUCAAACAAAAUAUGUUAGAAGCAAUCGCCAUUAAACAAGACAAAUCAAAACAAGAACAAACCUAUCAAGAUGUCGAAAAGGUCAUAAUCGAUACUUAUGUCAAAGGAAAGUCAGAUAUUGUUCUAACAAAACGUUCAAAACAGAAAAUUAUGCAAGAUAAUGCGGAUUUAUUACGUCAAAAAGUCGGUGAGCAAUACCUUAUCACUCAACGUGAAAUCGAAGCCAAAAAGGCAGCAGAAGAUGAGAAAAUUCGAACCGCCAAAGGUCGCAAUGACUUAGACAUCAUCGAACGUCGCGAACGUGAACGCAAAGAACAAGCUGAACGCAUCAAGCAAAUGCGAAUCGAGCAGCAAAAGAACUACAUGCGCGAAAAGGAACUCAAGAAAAAGAAAAGUCAAGAGGAACUUGACAAAGAAGCUAUGGAACAAGCACGAAACAAAGCAGUAUCCAUGUCCUUCAAACAACAACGCGUACAAAGUGCUCGUCGAAAGAUGCAGCAACAACGCGAAAUGCUCGAUGAACAACUCAAAGAUCAAGCUGACGUCAUACUAACCGAUAAGGAAAUGGAUCGUCGUUUGAGUCAUCUGAACUACACAUGGGCCAUAAAUGACGACAAAGCAUUCUACACCUACGCCAAUUCCUUACUGAAAGACGCUCGCGCCAAAAAUCGACCAACGUUGAGUCUCAAACGAGCUGUUGACAGUUAUCAACGCAAUAACUUGAUAAAAUGUCGCGAUGUCGAUAACAGAGACUUUUUAUACUCAAAAGUUCCUAUAGGUCUCACACAUGAAGAUCGCGAUCCAAUUCCGCAACCUGAAGACUUGAUCGAAAACCUCAAAUUGGACGAACUAAAAGACUUGAAUCCGUACAAAAAGGAGAAAUAA